UUUGUUCACGGUCAGUGGCGAUAUGACACAAUAUUCUGUGACGUGUUCAUAAUGUUUGACGUUAUGUUGUGUACGGCGUCCAUUCUGAACCUGGCCGCGAUCAGUAUCGAUCGAUAUGUGGCCGUUACAAAACCAAUCUUCUACUCCAAACACAGCAACAACUACCGCGUUGGGAUCAGCAUAGCAGUGGCGUGGAUACUCUCGUUUGUGAUUGCUCUGCCUAUCGCCUGCGGACUGAACAACAUGCCGCAUCGUCAGAACAACAUCUGUGUCCUUUACAACCCGGAAUAUAUUAUCGCUUCCUCAUUUGGCUCAUUCUACCUUCCAAGUGCUGUAAUGAUUAUUCUGUAUUACCGCGUAUUUGACACCAUUCGUUCGCGAACGAGAAGGAAAAUCCACACAAACGGAACAAUGAUUGUGCGCCCGAACAGUCUCUAUCGUGAUUCGAAUGAUGUUGCAAACAUGCAAUGCGCCGGCACAUCGUCCACGUCACGUGAUUCUUCUGCGCUGUCAGAGAAUCGAUUGCGCAUAGCAAAUAUUCCCGUCACUGUCAAUGAUUUGACACGGCCAGAUACCACUGACCUUUCGGUGAUUGAACUCUCCCCACAGCUAACAGAUAAAGUUCAGGCAUACAGUGCUUGUUCCAAAGAGAUUGAUGGUCCCAGGGAGAAUCUUCGAUCAUCGUCGGCNAGGAUGUUCUCCCCAAGUUUUUAGUGAUAUGGAUGCCUUCCGAAGACAUCUGCGUGAACGCAUACGACGGGCGAAGCGAUGCAGUCUGGCGGUUCUUCCUGUACACUAUUUGGGGAUUGGAGGACAACAAGUGUACUACUCAAAAUCUCCACAUACUCAGAGUACCUGCAGCCGUAUUUAUUUGCGUUUCAAAUCAACCAGAUCUAGGACAUCCAUUCUACGCCGACUGCAAAAUCGUCAGUCCACAAACGCAGGCGACAAACAGGAGACCGAGUUGGUACCGGAUCUGUCUGCCACGCCGAGCGUUAAUCGGGUGAACGUCACACUGCGCGAAAAGGGGGCGGCUCGGCAAGAAAAGAAGGUUACCAAAACGCUGGCCAUCGUUCUUGGUGUAUUUCUAUUCUGCUGGAUACCUUUUUUCACGUUCAACAUCACCCACGCCUUCUGCUUCAAGUACCAAACCCGUCUGCACAGUUGGUCACUGUGCCAGAUCCCCAAACUUGCCGACAGUGUGGCCCUGUGGAUGGGUUACAUCAAUUCAUCCCUGAACCCCAUUGUCUACACCAUUUUCAACGUGGAAUUCCGCAAGGCCUUCAAGAAACUGCUGGACUGUCAAACGUGAACACAAC